GAUCUCGGAGAUUUUGCUCCGUCAGACGGGAGGAGGAGAAACUCAAGAAACGACUAGAGAAGAUAGAGCUGGACAGGAGCAAGUCCCCCUCCAGGGGUUACCUGGACCAGGUGAGGAAAAACGAAGGUCGGCCUCAGGUCGCGACAGAUCUAUGUCCAUCCAGGACGGAGUGGAGCCGACAAGCCGAAGUGGCAGCCACAUACCAGGGGGCAGAAAGCGACGAGAGAGUCUCCCUGGGACCGGGACCCCGCGGCCAGCACCUGGGGCGGGGAGACAGAGAGCUAUGUCCCUGUCGGUGGGGCAACAAGAGGAACUGCUGUCCAAGAAAAGCGUUACAUUCGAUGGUAAAAGUAAUGACUUCGUACCAUGCAUCAUGGUCACCGAAGACGAUGGGUCCCGAGACAGUUUAACCAGAGAUUCGUCUCAUAAGGCUGGUAAACGGGAACGCAAACACGCUUCGGGCACGAGCGGGGGUCACGAGCACAUUCACGAUCUGUAUGAUAUGGCGAUCCAGACAGUGGCGUCCAGUAAAGAUAUGGAGUUUGGAACUUCGUCGGGCAUUCCAGAGAAACAGAAAAUACAUUCAAGUUCUGAUAUGCGCAAUCGACGUCCAUCUCUCGGAUCGAAUUCGCACAUAGCUUCUGCACCCGCUAGCAAAGCAACCCUGGAUCUGAAGGCGUUGAAGGAACUGGAGGAGAUCCUUAAAGAUUCUCGGUUAUACACUACCAAGAAGUGUCGGCAGCUGGACGCAGGUAACGAGAGCUCGAUCAUGAGACAACAGAAGAAGCGCAUGAUUCAGCUGGAGCAGCUCCUCAGCUCCCUGAAGAUAGGCCAGAAGAAGGAGAUCCCUCCCGUGGAACUAGACCCCAUGGAGGUCCUCAACUGCUCCUACCUCCGACUGUCAAAGAACAACAUUGAGUCCCUGGAGAGGAUGGUGAGGGAGUCGGGGAGGGACCCGGGCAUCCACGCGCACAGUGACGUCACCGAUUUCGAACUGUUCGAAAAGCCCAAAGAUUCAACAACAUAACGCGUUGUUGAUUGUUUUUCUUCUAGGAAAAAUAAACAAUCAGCUCAUUAUUUGGAAA